AGACCUACGGGUCUGAAAAUACUCUCUGGCAGCGGGACAGCAUGACAGGCAGCAGAAAUAAGGUGCAAACAUACACUCCAUUUAAGCUGUCCGUGCAGUCCUGCAGGGUGACAUAUCUAGCUCUUGUCAGAGGCUUGCUUCCUCCUGCUGCACCAGCAAUGCAGGCUACCAACUGGAUGCCAUCCGGCGUACACCAACUCUGUGCCAAAGCCUCUCUGCUCAGAAAUUUCAAGAUGUCUCCUUGGGUCUCCUCCCAGGAGCUGGUCUCCUAAAUGUGGUCACGUUAUGGAGCAGAUUAUUCUGACGCUGGAAUCAUCAUGUCUCUGGAGACGUAUCCAAAGAUCUAUGAGCUCGCUCCCUAAAAUUCCAAAGAGAACACCACAGUAUCCAGGUACAUAAACAUACACUGAACAUUCAUGCAAUUAAUAGAGAUGUAUCACGCGUUCCUUACAGCAGAACCCAAACAUACCCUCUGAGCUGUGAAAAACACCUUUGUGUUUGGUAAAUAGCGGCAGCUGUGUCUGAGCUGUACAUGGGAAAGAAGAUGAGAAAAUACCAUGGUCUGACUACAGCAAUACAUGUGGCUGGACACACUGUUCUUCAGCACGCAGCAGAUAGGAAAAAAACGGCAGUAAAAUCUUAGCAAUCUAGCAAUCUCUAUCCUAGGAAUCAUUUUGUUUUACAUCCUAGUAAUAUAACCAAAUUAACCGGCCAUAUUAGAAGGGCUGUUAAAAAUGCUAUCUGAUGGGUGAGUGCACCAGCAACAACACAAGCUUUAAAAUCCUACAAGCCAUUUUGAGAAUUAAACAGAGAUUGACAGUAUCUCUAUUUUGUAGUGCCAACUUUCUGAACACUUAGCAUUUGUCAUGAAACAUAUGAUGGUGCUGGCAAGUUCCCAGUGAGUACUGGUCCCCUUUGUGAAAGCCGCUGCCCAAACAAAGGACUAGAGACAGUCUCAUCCUCAACAAAUGCAAAGUGUGCUUGCUCCACUGGGGAAUUACUGCUCUCCUGGAGGGAACGCAGAAAGCACACAGAAAAUAAGCCCUUCACAGUUUUGUAGGCUGUGCACACAGAGCCAUUCUAUCACUUUUCAGCAACUUGAGCUUAUGUUCUAUCUACAGACUUGCAGUAAGAUGAGAUAGUCACAGUGUUUAAACCUUCAAACAAUCUACGCCGCAAAUCUGCCAGGCUCCUGCUCCUCAGAAUGUUUCAUCUCAGCUAAAAAUGAUCAGUUCAGAGGGAUAAGAGCACCAAGGUGUACAGCUGAUUGCAAUGCAUUCCACCAGGCAGCUUUUAUGAAUUUUUUAGCUGAACUUUCUUCUGUGCUUGUUGUUCUUGCCAACCACACGCAGAACAUUUUGGAGACAAUAGCAGUUCCCCUGAGUUUUACAUGCAGAAGCUCUAUACAAUUACCAACAAUUAAGAAAAAUAAAAGCAAACCCAACAUAACACUGCUUCUAAAAAGAGUUUCAUCUCAUAAUUUCCUUCAUUUUAAAUUACAGCUUAUACUGAGACCCUGCACUGUAGCGCAGAGAAGCGAGCAGAAAUUGCCACUUUCGAUUAGCACAGCAGAAGCAGCAAACUAGUAAUGGGAUUUCUUUCACUUUAAUUCACUAGUUGGUUGCCAUAAAUACUCUUCUGUAAAACAUGGAAUUCUGAAUGCUCCUCAGACAUUAUUUUCCUUUCAUGAAGAUGUUUGUUUACUUUGGCAGUGAUUCUCUUGGGAGAAACUCUAAUGACUUCCACUACCAAAAAAAAAAAAAAAAAAGAAAGAAAGAAAAAAAGAAACAGAAACUGCCACUAGCAAGCAAGAAAAUAUUAGUCUAAUGUACUGGUUAAACCCCAGGCAAAAAGAAGAAAAAGCAGAGUAAAUCACUGGUUUGCAUUCCUGUGACCAGAAUCCAUAUCCUGCAAGUUUAGCAGGCAGUGGAGGCCUUGUGGUGGAAGAAGGACUUUGAAUAAGGAACAAACGCUGCCCAUCUCCUAUGAAUUUUAUGAUUUUUUAGCUUUAAAAAAUGAACACAACAUGGGCACGUGGGCACGGGAACAACAGAACAAAGCGAACCAUGUCAAGCCCUCAUGUUAUGUUUUCUCUCUGCUUUUAAUUUUAUUCUGACAUACGGUGAUCAAACAAUGGUUUAUUUUCCAUAUUUUUUACAUGUAGAUGAUUAACAAUUUCUUUCUUUUAAAGAAAAAAAGCAUGGGGAAAGAACGUACGUUACUGUGACUCAACAGACUGCUCACUGCUGAAAAAGACUUGCCCACCUCCUUUAUAGCAAUGCAUGAGUUUUGUUUUCGGGGUUUAAAAAAAUCAAGAACAGAAAAACAGUAAAUAAAACCCAUUGAUAUAAAUCUUUAGACAUCUUUUUCCUGUGAAAUGUCAAACUUCAUCAUGUGUUUUUCUUACUGAAUAACAACCUGCAGUCCCAGACUGUUUUCCACGUUUCCAUGGGAGGAAGAAGUCAUUAACAAAAAAUCAACUUUAAGGUUAAGAGGAAGCGGCUCUAUCAGAAGCACGUUAGUCAUGUAUUUUUGUUACCAGUUAGAACAAUGUGCUGUUCCUGGAAUGCAUAUGCAGGCUCAUUUCAAAGCUUAGGCUGAUGUAUGAAGCAGACACAUGCCACAGACCACAGACAGGAGACAGUGCUUCUCCCAACAGCCCAACUACAGGUGACAUUGAGACAGACCUGCCAGCAGAGCCCCUGAGAACAGGGCAGGACAGGCAGAGCCACCGAAAUACAGAGCUUGGUAAAAGGUGCCCAGGAACAAACCAGAGAGAAGAUGGGAAAAGAGAGAAGGUAAAAUUGCCAAGAGAAAAAAAAUGUUUUCUUGUAGCUGCAGAGCCUUGGAAGAUGGGUCAAAUGGAGCAGUAAAUCACUGUAAGUGGUGAAAGACCUAUAAAUGUUGUGGGCUCUGGAAAGAAGAGUUUGUUGCAUUACAAGCAGCCACAGAUACUCACUGUGCCGAGCCACUCCACAACAAAAAGGCUUUUUGAAGUUAGUCCUAACUACCUGUAGCUAUGCUUACUUUUAACUGUAACAUGCAAUAAGGAAAAAAAGAAAAGAAAAGAGAAGAGAAGAGAAGAGAAGAGAAGAGAAGAGAAGAGAAGAGAAGAGAAGAGAAGAGAAGAGAAGAGAAGAGAAGAAAAGAAAAGAAAAGAAAAGAAAAGAAAAGAAAAGAAAAGAAAAGAAAAGAAAAGAAAAGAAAAGAAAAGAAAAGAAAAGAAAAGAAAAGAAAAGAAAAGAAAAGAAAAGAAAAGAAAAGAAAAGAAAAGAAAAGAAAAGAAGCCAGAGAAGCAGCUUUUUGCAUUGGAAUGAAAGCAAAGAUAAUUUUUAGCUUAGCAUGUUAUUUGCAGCCCAUACUCAAAAUCACAGCCACUGGGACCUUCCAAAAAAACUAUUGGGAGGGGAACAACAGAUUCUGGAAGCACAGUUAUUUCCUUUUUUAUGUGCUAGGUUCCCAGUAUUCUGGUGUUCGUGGUAAUUUACAAAAUGAGGAAGCACUGAAGUAGCUCUGCAAAGACAUAAAAGUCUACGUAUCAUAGUUUGAUUGUUAUCCAUUUCAUGACUGAUCACAAAUUCCCCACAAUUAUAACACAUCCUUCGUGGUAUCGGAUUAGAAAAAGGUACGGAUUCUACACCAAGAACCUGCAUUUUUAAAGAAGUUAAACCCACAGACUACUCCAAGGAAGAGAGCAUUUCAGCACAAUCCCUUCCAGCUUUUAUAACUACUAAAAGUUUAGAGGUUUUUUUUUGUUCAAGCAGAAAAACAGAAUGAUGGUCCAAAAUUCUGUCUCACACAAUAGUACCAUCUCUCUAACACUGGCCAAUAGCAGGUGUUAUUCUCCUGGUCUUAUGAAAAGGAAAGAACUUAAGCUGUGCACAGCAAUUUCCAGAGGAGGCAAUAACCACUCAGGGGUACAAUUCAGAAGUACUGCCUAGAUGAGUGCUUUCGUGCCACCUAAGUUCCAGCCAGAAGAGGUGCUUUGGAAUCCUUACAGCUUACCAGAUUUGUCUUAAUAAAGCUCAUUGUGAUUUGUCUUUAUGCUUUCUCUUCUCUAGCAUUGCUUGUUUAUCUUGGCACGCAGAAUUUCAUGCACAGUGGAUGAUGCAGAACACAGCAAGAUGAACUCAGAUGGCCACUGUCUUUACUGCGCUGACAAACCCUGGAGAGCUGUUAGCCUCAGUUCCGCACAGGCCUCCCAAAUGAAGUGGACAUCUGGCAUGUUUGUUACAGUGAAUAGACAGAAGCAGGAUGAUUAAUGGCUGCCAGAAUCAUAACUUAGGUAUAUAUGGUUUUACCUGUUCGACAGUUUGUUUUGCCACAUUGUUCAAUGCACGUGUUACAUGCAGUAAUAUUGCACAUGGCCAGAUACCCACCCCUCCUGGUGUUUGCUGUAUCCUCUCAGCCACUUACUGGAGUUGCAUUACUCCUUCUAGCUCCCUCAGCUCAUCCAGGACAGGAGUUCUGCUCUGAAAUCAGAAUGAAGAGCCCAAGCAUCCCACUAUCACCUAAGUUCUGGAAAGGCAAAUCUAGCAGACCUCCAAGCUGCAAACAGUUGAGGUAGCUGAAAGAAGAGGCUAAGCAUGUCAAGCUUCCUACACAUCCAUUUAGGCAUGUGUUUUCAGACAGUCUUUCCUACUGCCCAGCCCAAAAAAGGUCUCCAAAAAGGGGCAGCUAAGAAAAAGGAAAGCAGGGUUACAGGGAAGAACUAAAAAAUAAUGCACUGGAGUGUGAAGGCCACAUGGCCAAAUGGAGAAACUGAGAAGUGGAGAGGAAAAAGAAAACUCCAAGGACUGGGCCCAUGACUUCUUGAAAGGAAAUGAUUUGAUGAAGAAGCUAGAAUUUAUGGCCACAGCAAACAGGAGCUAAGAGCUCAUAGCUCUCAGAGGCAGGAGAAACCAGAUGCACAGCUGGAAGGAUGAGUGGUUUGACUCAGUUAGGCCAUUCUUGCUUGUGUCAGAGUCAAGAAGCCUAUUUGUACCACAAGACCGAUGAGCACCAAAGAGCUCCUGGACAGGAUACAGACAUGAGCUUUCCUCAAAAUCAGCAAGGAGAGAUGAGGUUUCUCUCUCUAAAUGUACCUGUAUUAGGAAAAGAUGAAUCACUUUGGUAGCACCUGUCUCUUGUUUGCAGAUUAGGCAACUAAUUCAGAGUGGAUGCUUAGUUUAUACACAGUUAAAAAUAGAAGAGAUUUCCUCUAUGAAAGUUGUUUUAAUAAGUGUGUAUAACUGGGGCAGAUAGCUACCAUGGCAGAGAUAAGCUGUCACAGAGGAUGUGAGUGCUCUUGUCUUCCAACUGAUUUAAAAGAACUUGUGAACUCCACAACAGCAAGAAUUGGGACUCAAGCAAGGGGACAAACACUACAGUCAAAGAAGUUCCUGCCUUACUUGCUAGCAACAGGCAGCUGGCCAUCGGGGAGAACAGUGCAGCACUACUUCACCAUUGUUAGAUGCCAGCAAAUGCCCCAGGUGCGGGACAGCUUCUGUUCAGGCUUGCACAUAACCAAACAUCAGGCAUGUGACACGAAGGCAAAGGGAAGCUGGAUCCUACCAGUUCUACAGCUCUCUGAAGCCAUGUUUAUGAGGACUGUGCCAUGAAGCAACUCGCUAUUCAGUGAGCAACCAUCACUCGGCUGGCAGCAUUCACUCGGCAUGCAAUCAUCAACAGGGCCUUGAUCUGUACCCUGUUUUUUGCUACUUGUAAGAUGGCUGCAGAGCUCCUGAAACAGAAUGGAUGCCAAUAUAAUGAACAAUUCUGAAAUAUUAACUGAAAUAUAAGAAAAAAGUAGCAAUUAGUCUUCUACGCUGCACAUGUAUUUGCAUGGCAAGCCUGCAAAGUGGCAUAAAUAUCUAAAUAUACACACCCAUGCAGGCUCACUCCUAUAUACAGGAACACGAUCGCACCAAAGAAGACUGUAGACACGUGGAACUAAACAUUUUUCCCUUACAGUUUAUACACAUUUAAUAAACACAUAGAUUUAAUGAUUAAAGCACUGGUUCAGGCCAAACAUCCAUUGGGCAAAUGGAAAGUAGCCACACAGCUUCUGACAGGGGCCACUAAUGGAUGCCUAUGGAGAAGUAGGAUAGGCCAGGCAUACACUGACACUUCUCAAGUGUGCUAUCACUCACUCUGCAGAUGUGCACCACUGUCACCACUGAGUUAAAGCUUUUCCAGCCAACAAGCAGAGGUCCUUUAUUUUGUUCAAGGAUAUCUAGAUCUGCAUUACACCUAUAGCUGCUGAACUACUUACUUGUGUUCAACACUGUUGCUAAAAGCCAUGCUUCCAGAACCAUAAAAAAGGGUAAAAACCCAUGUUUAGCAUUGCCUGUCCAGGAAAUACCACCAAGGGCUAUCCACAUGCAGGCCUAUCCUCAGGCCUGCCUUAGCCUGGGCUUUCCUUGGGUCAGUGGAGGGCGUGGAAGAUGGGCUGCAUGACUCAAAGAGGUCCUAGAACAUGUCCAAAGAAGGGCAGCAGAGCUGGCAAAGGGUCUGGAGUACAGGUCUUGAGAGGAGCGGCUGAGGGAACUGGUUUUGUAGAGGAGGUUCAGAAUGUAUGUAAGGAAAAGUUUCUUCUCAAAAAGAGCAGUGAUGCCUUGCAACAGGCUGCCCAGGGAGAUGGCAGAGUCAGUGCCCAAGAAACGUAGAGGUGCGGCACUGAGGGAGGCGGUCAGUGGGCACGGUGGGGAUGGGUUGCACACAGCACACAGCCACGGGCCCAGCCCAACCUCGACAUUCCCCCCCAACUCGUGCCGCCACGGCGCGGCCCGCACGCCUGCGUCAAUGCAAACGAGGGGCGGGGGCGCCCCGCCUGCCGGCCGGUGCGGCACGGGGCGGUGAAAGAAAGCACGGCUCAGACCCCACACCUCCCUCCGCGGAAGGAAGAGCCGGUCGCACCAGCUGCCGCGAACACAAUAAAAUGGUUCCAUUUCGGUUGUUUUCCGCUUCAGGAUGGCUGCGUCGUCGAAGGCCAGCAAAAGGCCAGCGGAUCUUCGGGGCGUCGCUUAAAGGCCGUCACCUCUCCCCGCGCCCUUUAAAUGGUAGCGCCCACCUUCAGUGCGCGGCGUUGGGCGGUACGCGCGCAUCCCCUCCCUCGCGGUCGUGCAUUAUUCAUGAGGAGGCGGGACCGCUGGCUCAUUACCAAGGUCGGGCGGAGGGCGGGACUGUGACGCGACUAUGACGGAUGUUCCGGCGUUCUUAAGGGGGCUGCAGCCGGCCGGCGGCCGCUAUUGGGGGCGGGGGCAGCGGUGAGGAGCGCAGCCCCGCUCGGGAGCCUUGGGGUACGGCCGGCUGCCGCCCGCCCCGCUCGGUGACCGGCGCCCGGCCGGGGACGGGAGCGCCCCGCGGUGUUGUGUGGCGGCUCGGGGAGCCCCGGGGUGCGGGCGCGGCUGUGAGAGGAGGGGGUGCCCCUUCGGGGGCAGUGCGUGAAAAUCAGAGGAGGGGUUGGGGAGCGGGGCGGGGGGAGGGCUGACAAAAAAGGGUUAUUUAUUAUUAUCAAAACGCUCCGAUUUCUGUAAAUAGCGUAGCGGGGGUUAUACGAGGGAAAAGGCUUUAUUGUAGGAAGUGGCUAUUUUUAGGUCCACACAGCGCUCUGCGGCAGCGCUCGCCCCCGCCCCAGGUUAAUUACCUUUGUCUCUCCGUGGGGCCGGGGCAGCCCCGCCGGCCCAUGGGGGACCCCGGCCCGCCGCCGGCCCCCAGCCGCAGCCCCAGCCCCGGGCCGCCGUGGUCCUUCCCCUCGCCGGCAGCCGCCUCCCGUUCCUCCUCCUCCUCCUCCUCCUGCCCCUUCUCACCCACCGCGCCCGGUUCCUCCGCGCUGUUCCCGGCGCAUCCCCGCGGCGCGCAGGAGGAGCGGCCGCCGGCGGUGACACAGCAGCAGCCGGGCGGCGAGAGGCUGGGCAGCGGCCCCGCGCCGGGACACCCCCCUCCCGGCCACCCCUCCUCCGACUUUAAACCCGCUCUCGGCCCCCAGCAGGAUUUAAACAAGCAGCAACCGCAGCAGCAACCGCCGCCUCCUCCUCCGCCGAGCCAGAAGAGGAAAGAGUUGAAGCCGCCGCCGCUCAGCCCAGCCCAGCUCGGCGGCAGCCACCCCCCCGACUAUCAUCGCCACCCCCCUCAGCAGCAGCAGCAGCAGCAGUUCAGCCACCCCACUGACAAGUACCAGCAGCAGGAGCGCAGGCAGCAGCAGCAGCUCCAGCUCCUCGGCGCUCGCCCCCCGGAGCCGCCGCCGAGCCUCGGGCCCCUCAGCCCCGCCGAGCGCCGGGCGGGCUCCGAGCGGGGCGCCCCUUCCCGCGCGGGGGGACCGGCGCCCGCCGACCCCGAUGUGGGGGUGGCCGCCGCCGCCUCCUGCGUGAAUCCGCCGCCGUCUCCUCCUCGUCCGCGGGCGAGAGCCGAGCCGCCCCCCAUGGAGUCCCCCCCGAACAGCCACUUGCUGGGCAGCCCCGGGACCCUCCUGCCCGGCGGGCUCGGCUCCGGCUUCAGCAGCCUGCAGAGCCCGGAGAUCCCCAGCCCCCAUCACCAGAGCGGGGGCGGCUCCUCCUCGGCGGCUUCCCCUCCUCCUCCGCCGCUGCCCGGCUUCGGCACCCCCUGGUCGGUGCAGACCUCGUCGCCGCCUCCGCAGCAGACGCAGCAGCCUCCGGUCUCCAGCGGCGGAGGGCAGAUCAGCGCCAUGCCGCCGCCGAGCCCGGAGUCCGAGACCAGCUUCUACCCGGGGAUCCCGUCGUCCAUCAACCCCGCUUUCUUCCAGAGCUUCUCGCCGGUGUCUCCUCACAACCCCUGCGCCGGGCCUUUCAGCAGCCCCUUCUCGGCCGCCGCCCCCCCGCCGCCGCCGCCGCCGCAGAUGAAUUUACCUCAGCAGCAGCAACAGCAGCAGAACCGGAGGUCCCCGGUGAGCCCGCAGCUCCAGCACCAACACCAGGCGGCCGCCGCCGCCGCCGCCUUCCUGCAACAGCGGAACUCCUACAACCACCACCAGCCUCUUCUGAAGCAGUCACCCUGGAGCAAUCAGAGUAGUGGCUGGAGCACAGGAAAUAUAUCCUGGGGAGGAAUGCAUGGCAGAGACCAUCGUAGAACUGGAAACAUGGGAAUUCCAGGAACUAUGAACCAGAUCUCUCCUUUGAAGAAACCCUUUUCUGGUAAUGUCAUAGCUCCACCUAAAUUUACUCGCUCCACUCCAUCACUGACUCCAAAAUCAUGGAUUGAAGAUAAUGUUUUCCGAACUGACAACAACAGUAAUACUCUCCUUCCCUUGCAGGAUCGAAAUAGAAUGUAUGACAGUCUGAAUAUGCACUCUUUGGAAAACUCCCUUAUUGACAUUAUGAGAGCAGAGCAUGAUCCACUUAAAGGUCGCUUGAGUUAUCCACAUCCAGGGACUGACAAUCUUCUGAUGUUAAAUGCAAGGAGUUAUGGGCGAAGACGAGGCCGUUCUUCCCUCUUCCCAAUAGAUGAUGGUUUGUUGGACGAUGGUCAUAAUGAUCAAGUUGGAGUCUUAAAUUCACCUACCUGCUAUUCUGGUCAUCAGAAUGGGGAACGAAUUGAGCGUUUUUCUCGGAAGGUGUUUGUUGGAGGUCUUCCACCAGAUAUUGAUGAAGAUGAAAUUACUGCUAGCUUCAGACGAUUUGGGCCUUUGGUAGUAGAUUGGCCUCACAAAGCAGAAAGCAAGUCCUAUUUUCCACCAAAAGGUUAUGCAUUCCUCCUAUUCCAAGAAGAGAGUUCUGUCCAGGCACUGAUUGAUGCCUGUAUUGAAGAAGAUGGAAAGCUGUAUCUAUGUGUUUCCAGUCCUACUAUCAAGGACAAGCCAGUUCAGAUCCGUCCCUGGAAUCUAAGUGACAGUGACUUUGUGAUGGAUGGUUCCCAGCCGCUUGAUCCUCGAAAAACGAUUUUUGUUGGAGGAGUCCCUAGACCGUUAAGAGCUGUGGAAUUGGCAAUGAUCAUGGACCGUCUGUAUGGUGGAGUUUGUUACGCAGGAAUUGAUACUGACCCUGAGCUGAAAUACCCAAAAGGUGCUGGACGCGUUGCUUUUUCCAAUCAGCAGAGUUACAUUGCUGCCAUCAGUGCUCGGUUUGUUCAACUUCAGCAUGGCGAUAUAGAUAAACGAGUGGAGGUAAAGCCAUAUGUGUUGGAUGACCAGAUGUGUGACGAAUGCCAGGGCGCACGAUGUGGUGGAAAGUUUGCUCCUUUCUUCUGUGCCAAUGUCACUUGCCUGCAGUAUUACUGUGAGUUUUGUUGGGCAAAUAUCCACUCCCGUGCAGGACGUGAAUUCCAUAAGCCAUUGGUAAAGGAGGGGGCUGACCGCCCACGUCAGAUCCACUUCCGCUGGAAUUAAACAUGGUGAACCAGCAUCUACAUAAGGAAAGAAGGGUGCAUGUGGCUUACUGUGUUUGAAGAUACUGACAUGCAGAAGAAAUAAGUGCAUUCUUCUGCUUUUCACCCCAGCUAUCAAUACAUGCAUCUUUAUCAGCAGCCAAAACACUACAAGCCUCUUGUUUUUCACCAAAACCCUACAUCUCAGGCUUACUAAUUUUUGUGAUAUUUUCAUGUUAAAAUAAAAUGUUUUUUUGUAUUUUCUCCAAGUUAUUUUUAUAUGUAAAGUUAAAACUAGAUAUGAGAAUGUUUUUGCGUAGGGGCACACAGUCUGCUGCUAUAUUUAGUGGGUGAAGCGUGCACUUAUUUCUAAACAUGGGUUUUUAACUUCAAGAUCUGCCCCAGUAAUUUACCAAAGGUAGCAAAAUAGUGAAGAUGGAAUAUGUCUGCUACAAAAAGCUUAUUUUUAUUGUUGUUGCUAUUUUCAGUGUAUACAUAAACUAAAAAUUAGGGUUGAUUUUUUGCUCUCCAUUUUGACUUGCAAGAAAUAAUACCUCAAGAUAAUCUGAUUUAUUAGCUAUUUUUAAACAUUUUUAAUCACAAGCUGUAUUAGCUUUGCUGCUAUAUAGGUGUUAUGUGUAAUGCCACCUAUUAAUACGGGAUUGAAACGUUUAAGACACACUGCAUUACAGAUUAAAUGCAGGCAGCACAAUAUGGCUUAAACUGCCAUAGUUUUAGAAUGUGAAAAAAUUGCAUGUUUACUUACCUGUAUAAACCAUAUGCAUGCACUAGAACUAUUAAUUAACAAGAGGUGAGUUAUUGCAGAUGUUCAAAAAAGGCUCUCUUGAAACUAGGUAGCAUGAGCAAAUUUACAAAAUUUGUUACAAAAAACAAACUUGCAUGCAUUAUUGUGACUGAAGUAAAAAGAUGUCCUACAUGUGUACAAUAUGCAAAUUAGUUUUAGACUAGAAGUGCAGCCAUUUUGUGACCUGGUCAGUAGUGGAAUUCAAUUUUAUGCAGACUGGAUGUAAUAUUGUAAUCCCUGUGCAAUUUUGUGACGUGUGCUUCUAAUUAAUGUGGCGUGUCGUAGCGUAGAUUCGAGUUUGAGUACGAAGCUAGCAUUUAACGAGUUCUUUUCAACCCCCUUGAUCGUUCAUGGUUGAGAUUUCCUCUACAAACCAAAGAUGGCCAGCACACUGCUAACCAGUCACCAAAUGUGGAACCCACGGCAAAUACGUACAAAAAUGACUAAGAAUGCCUGAUGCUUUAGAAAUCAAAUCUAAGUAAAGUCAAAAUGGAGAAGGUGUAAUAUACAGACGGCUAGUUGCAGAACGAACUAAAUUCUACCUUUAAGACAACAGUGAAAUUUGGCUUAAAAUCUCGCUUACAUGUUUGACCUGUGUGCGUUGUGGUCUUCUGUCAAACUGGGGUCACUGUUGCAUGAGAAGUAGCUGCUUGACAGUCAAGGACAGUGCUUUCACUUUAAUGAAGGAGUUCUAGUGAUGACAUUGCUUGCAGAUGUCGAAAAACGCCGUUAGGACAGAGGCAAUAUUUAACUGAGCACCAAGAGAAAACCGUAGUGGCGUUUGCGUCUAUCUCAGAGCAUCCAAAUGCAACUAGCCCCGCCUUGUUAAUGGGACACAGCUAUUCUGCAGUCUGAGCGAGCACUCAGUGGCAAAUGUCAAAGUGCAGAACUAAGAGCCUGAUGCUAGAGUUGAAAUUACGAGGGCGUUGCUCUUCGCAGUCCCUCGGGACAAUCCUUCACGUAAGCAAAGUGUUGAUCUUAUCUUGGUUGUCUAUGGUGUGCUUUUUUGUACUGUACAACCUGUGGUUCAUGUCUAACUCUGCUGUUUUAUUGUGGUUGUGGUUCAAGUUUUUAAUGUUUAAAGUUGAUGCUGUUUUAAGAAGAGCUUUUUACUAAUUUAUUUGUCGAUGUUCCCUAUUUGUUACCUAACCAUAAUCCUCCAGAUUUUUUGGAGUAUUCUUUUCUAACCUUAACCCUGCCAAACCUUGAUCCAUUUUGACAUUUGUUAUGCACUAUUUUUAUAUCUCUGUGAGAGAUUUUUCCAACAGUCAGCUAUUUUAAGGCACACUUUUUUUGACUGAUGACAUCUCCUUUGCUAUACCUCAAUUUUUGGAAUUUAGAAAAGAAAUCGGUAGUUUUGCAAUGUUAAUUAUUUAGAUAUAAUUUAAUUCCGCAG